AUGUGUUUACUCUUUCUCUUUUCAGCUUCAUUCUAUGGACAGAGUUAUGUCAGAGUACCAUUUCAACUAUCAGCUAGAUCCAACCAGGUUGAUCUUGACUUCAAAACACCAAGACCUCAUGGCUUAUUACUGUUGGCAGCAGGAUCAACUGAUUACUUCUCCAUUGAACUUAGUUCAGGAAUCAUCAAGGUUCAGAUUGAUCUGGGAUCAGGAGAAGCUAUCCUUAACUCUCCUCCUGGAUUACGGCUAGAUGAUUCACAAUGGCAUCAUCUCAGCAUUAACAGAACAAAUGGCAACUUAGUCCUAACAAUUGAUGAAGUGAUCACUAGCUCCACAGUUAUUCCUGGAAAAUUCUCAGAAUUGAACAUACAGCAUGGAAUCUUUUUGGGAGGUCUUGGAACUUUUACAGAUGCUUAUGAUGGUACUUUCAAAUAUUUCCGUGGCUGUCUGAAGAAAACAUUUUUCAAUAAAUAUGACAUUUUGUCUACAGCACAACAAAUGAACAAUCCAGUCAACACAUUUGAAAUCUCUUGGAGCUGUGAUGAUGAAUUUGAUGCUGGUUCGGAUCAAGCUAUAACUUUCAAGUCUGACUCUUCCUUUGUUGCCUUCCCACCUUUACACAUACGAGAAAAGGGGACAUUUUCCUGUGAUUUAAAAACCAGAUCAAAUACUUCUGUGAUAUUUUUUAAUACUGGUCGAAGAUCAAGUGGGCUAGAUUAUAUUGGACUUGAGCUGAUCCGUGGUAAACUAAAACUGAGUGCCAAUAAGGGAAGUGGUGUCAUUGACGUUUUCUCUGAUAAAAAAAUUAAUAAUGGGCAUUGGCAUCAGGUGGAUGUCAUCAUAUCUCCUGGUAUGUUAGAACUUCGAGUUGAUGGACAACGUAAUAUUACACGUUUGUACUCAAAAGACAAUAAGUAUUUGAAUUUAGCAGGACAUUUGUAUGUGGGAGGAAUAGGGGUUAAGGAUAAGUCUAAUGCUAUAAGACGUGGACUGGAAUCCCUCAAACAUGAUCGUGGUAUGCAUAGUUCAAUGAAAGGAUGUAUACGUAAUGUUGUGAUAAAUAGUCGUACUUAUGGAUUUCGUGAAGUUGUUGUCAGCAGAGUGGUUCAACCUAAAUGUUCUUUUGACUUCCCAUGUGCAACAGAACCAUGUAUUGAGGGAUCAGUGUGCAAAGAACUGGACAACAAUGAAUAUAAAUGCCUAUGUAACCAAAACGUGUGCACAAAAUAUGUGGCAGAUGUUUUGGCAAUUGAUGAACUGCGUGUAGAGGAAGGUGGAGAAGCAACACUAACCACAAAUGUUAUUGAUGUGAUAUUUGACUACCAGGCCUAUUCAAUUAGGGAAUCCUCUGUUCAAUUUACUGUUAAAGUUCAUCCAAGGUUUGGAAGUCUUGAAGUGAAUUUGCGAAGGAGGACAAAUGAAGACAUUUUCACAUUAUUAGAUUUAGUUGGUGGUAAGGUUUCUUAUGCCCAUGAUGGAACUGAUACACGUUCAGAUGAUGUAACUAUUGAAAUGAAGAUUACUUCUUAUGAUGCUAACUUUCCAAAGCAGUAUCAAGGAUCAUUCAUGUUUGUUUUACCCAUUAGGAUUUCACCUGUAAAUGAUCCACCCAAGUUAGUGCUGGUGGCUGGCAGUACAAUUCAAAUUCUGAAGCAUACAAAAACCUUAUUUUCUAAUCAGAUAUUUAAUGUUGAUGAUCCUGAUUCGACUCCCAAUAAAUUGCGCUACAUGCUGACAUACAUCAAUAAUGAUCAUGGAUAUUUUAUACGGGCAAAUGUCUCAAAGAAAGAAGUGACAGAUUUUACCCAAGCUGAAAUAAAUUCUGGAAUAAUUUGGUAUAUGCAUCGAAAAGAUAACACUGUUCCAAUCCGCUUAAAAGUUAGUGAUGGCUCAUUAGAAACUGCAGAAGCAGAAGUUAUGCUUCAUGCUGUGGACAUUGAUAUUUCAAUACCUAUAAAUAGUGGAUUAAAAAUGGCGCUAGGAACAAGUGCUUUCAUUCUACCAGGAAAUUUAACUGCUGCUGCUAAUGUACAAGGACAAACUAUAGAUCUCAGAUACCGCAUAAUUCAAAAGCCCAAAUAUGGAAGCAUUCAACGAAAGCAACAUGAAAACCAUAAGUGGGUUACCGUAGAAACCUUUUCUCAAAGACAUAUCAAUAAACAUAAAAUACGUUACAUUAACACUAAAAAACCAGAGUCUGAAUAUUUUGAUGAAUUCAGAUUUUUGGUUAGUGCUAAAGAAUCAACCACAAUUGAGAAUAAAUUUAGAAUUACUUUCCAGUCAGUGAAACUUCAACUUAACAAUAAUAAACAAAUACUUUUGGCCUCUACAGGAAUUGGACAGGUAACUUCAAAAGACCUUGAAGUUAUCUCCAACUCUGUAGCUGUAGAAAGUGAUCAAAUUAUAUAUACUGUUGCUGGCACACAAUCCCAAGGACAAAUUUACCGAGUACCUGAAGAUGAUGCCACUUCUAAGGACAGUUUGUUUAGGGAUGUACCACCUAUCUCCACCUUUACACAGAAAGACAUUAACAAUGGCUUUAUAUAUUUUAAGCUUACCAAACCAACAUUUACACCAGUCAAUAAUUUUGUGAAACUAAGUGCUUCCUUCCAAGAUCAGCAAGUUCUUGAAAUGAGACUUAAUUGGAAAUAUGAACCUGAGGAAUCAUCCAUAAGAUUUACCAAUAAUGGACUCCAAGGUGUCAUUGAAGGCGGUUCAAAGGCUAUUCUAAGAGAUGAUCUUUACCUGGAAAUAGAUGGAAUUCAAGAAACAAAAUUCAGUAUUCUGAGUUUACCACAGUUUGGUAUGCUGAUUCUGAAAGAUCCUAGAUCUAAUGCUGUUAUUCAAAGUAAUAUUUCAGAAUUCACUUCCAAAGAUAUUUCAGAGAGCAAAGUUUAUUACAAACAUGACGAUUCAGAGCAUGACAAGGACUCGUUUUCUUUCAUGUCUAUACCUCUAUAUAUAGACGAGGAAGAGAUCUCUGGAGAAAUUCAGGAAAUUUCAGGCGUUUUUGAUAUCAAAAUGAUGAUGAGGAAUGAUAAUCAACCAGUGAGAGAAGUUGACAGAGUUUUUCAUGUUGUGACCAACAAGAAUCGACCAUUGACCAUUAAAGAUGUUUCUUUUUCUGAUCCAGACAUUGACUAUGAUGCUUCCAACUUGAAAUACACUCGUCGAGGAAUACCAAAUGGUGAUAUUGUGGACAGGGAGUCUGGUGCUCCAGUUUACCAGUUCACUCAACAAGAUCUAAUAGAUAAAAAGUUACUCUUUCAACACAGUGGUGCUGAAUAUGGUAGAGCUGCUUUAUGGGUAACAGAUGGUCAAUUCUUUACCAAUAGUUUAUUUGAAAUACAAGCUUCACCGCCCUUCGUUAAAAUACAAAAUAAUACAGGUAUAACAGUUAAAAAAGGCAGCUUCAGUUCAAUAUCUUCUCACAAUUUGAGCCUGGAGACCAAUAUUUUUCUGGAACCAAGUGAUAUUAAUGUAGUUUUAAUUGAAGAACCUCUUUAUGGUCAUUUGAGAAUUCGGGGUAAAAAGGUUUCAGAAUUCACAUAUGAUGAUCUCCUUUCAAGCAAUGUAAAAUUCUGGCAUGAUGGCAGUGCAAAUCAAGAAGACAAAUUUAAAUAUGCCAUAGUUGCCAAUGAAGCUAAAGUACAAGGAAUCUUCCCAAUCGUUACCUAUCUUGAAAGUCAACUUCAACCACCAAGAAUCACCCAUAAUAAGAUCUUAGAGGUAUCAGAAGGCAGUGGAGCCAUUAUUACUCAAAAUCAACUCAAUGUUCAUCAUCCCGAUUCCAUACCAACGGAUAUUGUCUACACAGUGACCACCAAGCCGCAAUAUGGUGCCAUUUAUGUCAAGGGUAUUCUCUCUGAUUCAGAUCAAACCACAUUCACCCAACAAGACAUUAUUGAUGAUUAUGUUAAAUACACUAACACUAGGACCGGAGUACUAACCGAUAAAAUGGUUUUUGAUGUGAGUAAUCAGUUCCAGACUCUCCGAAAUCUGGAAUUCUUCAUAGAAAUUGUACCCAAUAUAUUGGUGUUUGAAACAGAGGAAGUCAAAGUGAAAGAAGGUGGUCGUCAGGCACUGCAGCCAAAUCAUUUCAAAUUAAAGGGAAGGUUUUAUCAGGGUAAAGAAGUGGUUUAUGAGAUUAAACAACAACCUGUGAAAAAUGAAAUCUAUUAUGAACAUGAUGGUAGUGAACGGCUUAAGGAUGAGUUCACAGUUGUGGCAUCAUUAAGUGAUAAAUCAAAAGCAAGUCUUCCCCAUGUUGUGACAGUAACAGUAGAAUCUGUAAAUGAUCAAGCACCUCGCAUCAUUGUCAAUUCUGUGUUAGAAGUUUGGAAAGGAUCAGUAACAUUGCUAACGAACCAAAGUCUCCUUGCUGAAGAUCCAGAUUCCUUUGAUGAUGAUAUUAUAUUCCGUGUUUCUAGUCCUACUAAUGGCCAUAUUGCCUACUUAGAUAAUACCUUUCGUGAGAUAAGUCAGUUUACACAGUCAGAAGUUGACAAGGGUUUGAUCGUAUUUGUCCAUGAAGGUGAUAAUUUGGGAGAAUUUAACAUCCAAGCAACUGAUGGUGUAAACAAUGACCAACUACAGAUCUUUCAUAUAAAAGCUAAACCACUCGUAUUAACAUUAGUAGAAAAUAAUCCACUUCAAGUCUUUCCUGCUACAUUACAACCGAUUACUAGAGAUGUACUUUAUACAACCACCAAUGCCAAAAAUGUUACAAAACCAAUCACAUAUACUUUAGAAACAAGACCAAGACGUGGUAAAAUCGUUGUUCUUGACAAUGGCGUUCCUUUGGAAGUGACAUCAUUUACACAAAAUGAUGUUGAUGAUGCUAAGAUUUUCUUCAAACAUUCUGGAAAUAUACACCAUUGGUCUGAAAGUGAUUCUUUCUUCUUUGAAAUCUCCACUACGUAUGCUGAACCUUUAAAAGAAGAGCUUAUAGAUAUUCAGAUAUCGUAUGGUAAUAUCAAUAGUGGAAACAUUGACCAAUUUUUACGUAGAUCACCACCAUCAGUUCGAGAAGGAAGUGAGAUAACUAUUAGACCAGAACAUUUAGAUAUAUCUUUAUUAGAACGCAGAUUGUAUCAGUUUGGAUCUCGUGUUUCAGUGGACUUUAUGUUGAUUGGACAACCAAAAUAUGGGUACCUAGAGAAAUCCAGAAGGCGUCUUGCAACAACAGACAUAUUUACCCAAAAAGAUAUCAACCAGGGAGCAAUCAGAUACUUUCAUGACGAUACAGAUACUCUCGAAGAUGUUUUUGAUAUUGCUGUUCAAAUUCGCCCUCCAGAUUUAUCGACUACAGACUCUGGAAUUGAUAGCUAUGACUAUGAGACAAACUUCACUAUCACGGUAACUCCUGUAAAUGAUCAAAAUUUCAAACUCGUGACAACGACUCCAUCAGUGCAAGUUAUCCAAGGACAAUCUGUCAAUAUCACUUCUGAUCAUCUAAUGACAUCAGAUCCAGAUACCAGCCCAAGUGGUUUAGUUUACGAAAUAAGAACUGCUCCUAAAUAUGGACGCCUGGUUCUUGAUAAAGACACUGGGAAAUCUGUUACAUCUUUCACACAAAAAGAUGUUGAUAGUGAUUUAGUAGCAUUUAUUAGUGAUGGAACUCAGGAAGCAGACUCCUUCUUUUUCCGUGUUUCUGAUGGUGUUCACAAUCAUUAUUAUAAAAAAUUCAAUAUCUAUAUCCUGCCUAUAACUGUGAAAGUGAACUCAAAGGAAUCAAUCUAUUUGGUUCAAUCAGAAUCUUCUGUAUAUAUUUCGCCGAAAUCCUUAAAUGUCUCUACCAAUGGCGAGCGUAGUAAAGUAUGGUAUAAUGUUACUAAAGAACCAGAGUAUGGUAGUAUUUAUUACCAAGAAUCACAAACUAAAUAUUUCAGUCAGAGUGAUAUUGAUGAAAGCCUGAUGCUGUACAUUCAGUCUGACUUAUCCGUGGGUGAAGAUUAUUUUAUAUGUGAUGUAUAUGUGGAGGGUGUUAAUGUGUUUCUUUCAAAACAGCGUUAUGAUAUUCGUGUAAAGCCAUUGCUAAAGCAAGGACCAUUGCAUGCACCAGCUGGUUCAAAUGUGGCAAUCACUAAAUAUACUUUGGAUGCAAGUCGUUUAGCCGCCGUAACUGGUGAUAAUCCUGUGUUUGAUAUUACUAAGCAACCAGAAUUUGGUCGUAUUGUUAAACUAAGUCGCACAAAAAAAGAUUUAUAUUCUGUGGCACCUAUUUAUAAACCUGUAGAUUUUUUUACCCAUGAGGAUGUUGUAUAUACUAAAGUGUAUUAUAAAGCAGAUGAUAGUGCUGUAGAUAGUGCCGCUAGUGACAAAUUUUCUUUUACUCUUCGUGCAAAAAACGUUCAGCCAGCUUCUGGCAACUUUAUUAUUGAUCUCCAACCU